AUGUGUUUUUUCGACCAGUGCCAAUUCGCCUGCAAUGACUAUAAGUGGGGCCACUUUCGACAACAUUGUGCCAAAGAAUAUCGUACGGGCGAGACCUGCGGCAUGAAAUUGGUCAUGACUACAUACCAGAGUCAUGAGAAGUGCAAGAUUUGCACCAAGAUCGAUACAAAAUGGGGCCGUAUCCAAAAGGAGCAAGAGCGUGUGCUUCGGUGGAAGAAGGAAAACGGAAAGAGUCGCCAACACUCGAUCGAAGCGUCAGAGGAAAAGAUCCAGGACUUGUUACAAGAGGUCGAUAAGCUCAACAAACAACGCGAGGUGAAUAAGAUGGCUCUGUGA